AUGAUGAAUGGCAAGGACCGACAAUGGUACAGCUUGAAAAAUGCUUUGAUCGAGCAUGUUGGAUGCAGCUCCAUUCGGAGUGGAGGCCAGGAGCAUUUUAAGGCCAAGAAAUACAGCAUGAAAGAACAGAACACACAGAAGAGAAUCACCGAUGUGAACACUAACCUUGUGAACACAACCAUACAAGUAUGUAAAAUGAAGACUGCAAGAUUGUCUUAUGAACACCUCAUUGGCUUCCUUUCAGCAUGUGGUGGCGAUAUUGGACAUAUUGGUCAUUGCCAGUAAAGCAAGUGUUUAUCGUAUAUGCAUGUUCUUUCAGUUUUAAUGUGACAGUAUCUCUUUAAAACAAUUGACAUCAACUAGGAAAACAUUUCAAUGUUCAUUUUAGCAUCUUAAAGUGGCCGGUAUAGUAGGAUAGUAAUGGUAUAGUAGGAUAGUAGUAGUAUAAUAGUGAGCAGUGUAUUAGCAUAAAGUACAUAUUGGCAGGCUUGCUAUCCAAUAAAUACAAGAAGAUGUACAGUAAUUAAGAAAUAUUCUUCAGAAAUCAAUUUCCAGAAAUUAUUUCAACUGCAUACAUUAUGCAAUCAUGCAAACAAAAAGUUUCUCAAAACUCCAUUGGAAUCGACUGGUCUAUGCCCACACAAAUCGACACCACACAGGGACACAAAUCAUGCUAUCCUACUUCUUAUGCCAGUGAAUGGAAAAUGCAUUGCUAUACCAUUAGACGCACCACCUGUAUAUUUGAUUGCAGGGGACUCAAAUGAAAAAUUGAAGGUGGUACUGUUCAAGAUCUUGCAGAACAAGUUGCAAACGUUGUGAGGGACAAAUUGGAAUUUGAUGAUGACAUGCAUUAUGUUAGAGGUAUCAUUGCAACAUUGUAUACAACUAAUAGUAACAGUACAUACUAAGGCAAAGGCAUUUUAAAAAUACAUAGAGUGUAGUAUACAACAAGAGUAUAGAGGAUUUCUAUUUAUUUACAAAAGAUGUGUAUUAUGGUUCGAGAUCAUUGCAUUGCUUAUGUAACAUUUUGUUUGUUUAGCUGUCCAUGCUGAUGGUCAGUACCAAUCAAAUACGUUCCAAGAUGCUCUUUUUACUGAAAUGGGUAAGGUGAAAGAAUUAGAUGAGUUUUUCUUGACUUCUUGGGACGUGUGUCGCAUUGGAUGGAUUUAG